CCUUCUCUGUCUCUAGAACCCAAAAUCCAUGGCAGAAAAGGUGCAGCAACAGACUUACCCACCACCACAGGCUAAUCCUUAUGGCCGAGCCGAUGAAGAAGUGGCCUCAGUGGCAGGCAAAGAUCUCCGUCGCAAGAAGCGAAUGAAAUGCUUCAUCUAUAUCGUCAUAUUUGCCUUGUUUCAAACCGGUAUCAUAUUGCUCUUCGCAUUAACAAUAAUGAAACUCAGAACUCCCAAGUUCCGAGUCCGCUCCGCCACAUUCGAGAACUUUUCUACUGAAACUACGAACACUUCAUUCAACAUCCGUAUGAUCACUGAAGUUGGGGUGAAGAACACGAAUUUCGGAAGCUACAAGUACAGUCAAAGCUCCAUUGAUUUCUACUACAAGGGCACUAAGGUGGGUGAGGCUUUGGUUCCUAAUGCUCGAGCUAAACUAAGAUCAACCAGGAAGUUCGAUGUCAUGGUGGACCUAACAUCGUUGAAUGUACCGAGCAAUUCGGAGUUGGGAAGGGAUAUCAGUUCUGGGUUGUUGCCGCUGACCAGUCAGUCCAGUUUGAGAGGUAAAGUGGAGCUGAUGUAUGUGAUGAAGAGGAAGAAAUCUACUAACAUGAAUUGCUCUAUGGUGAUUAAUAUCCAAACCAAGCAGCUUCAGGAUGUGAUUUGCAGAUGAUUUAUGCUUAUUUUAGUGUGAUAUUAUUCUCUUUAAUUAGGCUUACAAAAAUCUGUAUUUUUACUUUUUGUUUUUGAAGGGCUACAGUAUAUGCAGUCCCUUCCCUUGUUUGCUUAUUCUUUACAUUUGUGCUUUUACAUAUUUGCAUUUACAAUCCUGCUGUGAUUUAUAGUAUCUUUCAAUUGGGUGCUUCGAAAUCAGUUUUGCAUAUUCUUUAUU